AUGCAUGGAAUUUUUAUGAAUAAUAUUACAUGGUUUGAUGGUGUUCCUGGAUUGUCUCAAUGUCCACAGAUAAGCGGAUCAACAUUUACAUAUACUUUUCCCGUUAAUCAAUAUGGAACCUAUUGGUAUCAUUCUCAUUUCGUAGCUCAAUAUGUUGACGGAUUGAAGGGUCCAAUUAUUGUCCAUGAUCCAGAAGAUCCUUAUAAAGAUUCAUAUGAUUGUGAAUAUGUAAUGACAAUAAGUGAUUGGUAUCAUGAACCGACUGGAAAUUUCAUGCCCACGUUCCGUAAUG